ACAACUCUCGUGGUCGCAGCCAGAACUGAAAGUUGCCAAGUUGUACCACGGUUGUACGGGUACAGCACGGAUCGCGGCUAGUAGUCGGGCUUCAGUCAGCUAAUUAAAUGACGCUACAAUACCAGUGGAUUUCCAUAAGCAAAGUCUACCGUCUUUUACUCUACAUAUUUAUGACCACAAGCUCCUCGUUAUCUACAGACACGCAUGUUGUAGUUUGUUCCUAUAAUCUUUGGAACCUCAUGUUCAGUUGGGAAAUUCGAUUGCAGUUUAUUGCUAGAAUGGUGGAGCGGGCAGCAUGUGAAGUUGUCCUGCUACAAGAAGUGCGAAUGCAUGACGAUGAGAGGUGGUCACAGGCACGGUAUUUACAAGGCUUGCUACCCAAGUUCCGCUGGCUUGCCACAUAUUCAUCAGGCCUUUCAUCCAAACCUACUAAUUGCUAUUGGGAAGGCUGGGAAAAAGAGGGGCUUGCAGUGCUUAGUCAGUGGCCGUUAGGUAUACCUCUUGUACAGCCUUUGUCAAGAAUUAGUGGGAUGGACACCAACAGUCGUAUUGCUCUCCAUGUUCCUGUUCAGUUACACCCAGAAUUGAUUGUUCAUGUUGUUGCUGUGCACUUUUCCUAUGAUCGUCAGCAGCAGUGUCAAAAUGCUGCAGAGAUUCUCCAGUUCAUUGUUGCUCAUCACUUCAGUUAUGUGGUUGUUGCUGGAGACUUCAAUGAGUAUAACGAUUUCCCAGACCCAGUGAAGCUGUUCUCAAAUCCCAUGGGAACCAACUCAAGGCCAGCACAGACAAGCAAGUGUAGAGGCUUUAUAAGAACUGCACAGCAACAUGAGAGCCUGGUGUUUCUUGACACAUGGACAUCCUCACACGGACCAGACUCACCAGGCUUUACAUUCAGCAACAUGCCUUCCCCCGGCUUAGUCAGCAGACCUGAUCACAUCCUUGUGUCUAAAAACAUCAGGGUCUUACAGAUGGCAUUGCACGGCAAUGGGUCCGAAUAUGGUCAGGCACGCAGAGCAGCAGUCCACUUGCAUCGUGCGAGGCUGCUGAUAAAGGUCAUGACAGCAUCUUUCUUUGGGUACACUGGCUACUCAUGUUUGCAUGACUGUGGCCCACACGGGUCAUGUCGAUGUGGCGUCUGUGUGAAGGGAGGCAACUCCAAUACAUGUUUGUUGCCAGACUGUGAAGAGUGCUCACCUUUGAAGUUUGUGUACUUCGUGUUCCUUAUGGUGCUUGCGGCAGUACACUUUAUGCUUGGCCUGUUAGGAGCACUGAGCAUCCUGCUGGUGUCAGCUCGCUAUCAGCAUAAUAAGUGGUGUCUGGCAUGGGGCUGUUCCUGCUGCCUGUGCAACCCAGAUCUUAUAAGAAGUUCUGCAGUCAGACCGAGGUUCAUUCUACAUUGGAUGGGUAUUCGCAGGAUACCCCCAGUCUACCUACUUUUUCUGAGCAUUGUGGGUCUGACGAGUUGUUAUAUCUUAGGAAUGAUUAUUUUUGAGAAUAGCCUUAAGACAGUUAAUGCCAUCUUGAAUGAAGAGUUUUAUCCAUCUGAUCACUUAAUGCUACAAGCCAGUUUGUUGGUAUGAUAACACUGCAGGCCUGACUAAAGGAUAACACCAGGGACCUGAUAUUUGGAGCAGGCCAGUUGCUGGCAUUCUGAUACCAUGGGAGCUGCCCUUUGUAUUUUUUUUUUAAAAUGCUAUUCCUGUGCUGAAGGAAGCAGAAGUGUUUGAGUUUUUAUUUUAAACAAUUUUAGUUUAACAAGUACUAGAACUAUAUUGUACCUCAUGUUUGGGACCUUUCUAUAAAACUGUUUUAACUAAAUGUUUAAGUCCUAACUGUGUUUAUAAUUCAAAUGUGUUGUUCCCUAGAGUACACCAAGUCAUGGAACACAGGAAUGUGCAAGUUAGGGUGAAAUUUGUUGUUGAUUGCUGCAUGGGCAGUUGUAUCCUAUUUUGAUUGAUCCACAUCAGGCUCAGCUCUCAUAGAUGUUAAUGUCAUUUGCCAGUUCAAUCUAUUGAAAAGGCAAGA